CUUUUUACAUUAUUACCAAGAUACUUUAAUUUUCAGAAAUCAACAUAAGAUUUUGAUUACAGAAGAUAAAGAAAUGGAUGCUUGUGAUUUUUCCUCUAGGGGCAGUGAUUUUUAAUAUUCUAUCUGCACAGAGCUGUCCAGUCCCCAUCUGCCAGCAUUAUACUUAAGUUUACCAAUUAUUCCACAGAUAUUUGUACAGGUCCUUUGGGUAAAUGUGUAGUGCCAGUGUAAAGAUCCAGCAAAAGCUGGAAGAGGAUAAAAGAAGACAAGAAUAAAUUAUGUAAUAAGGAGUUGGACCAUACCCUCAAGAUAAGGAGAGCUGUCUGUUUCUUACUUUAAAUGAAUAAAAAAAAAGUUAUUGUCCCCAAUGAAGUAAUAACACAUACAGAUCACCAUCUGACCUACUUAAGUUAGUACUCGAGAAAGCUUUUUGGCAGGAUACCUACUGGUUCACCUAUCAUCCUUAGAGAUCUGACCUUCUGUGGUCUAAGUAUGGGGACUAUUUACUGAGCAAUGCUGUCCUUUGAAGUGGGGAAAAGGCACUUCUGGCCCCAGGAAAGAUAGAGUCCACAGGAGCACCAGGGUGCGCUGCUUCCAAUCGGACUCAAUUGUUUGUAGGAAAAGAAGUAUCUCCACUGGAUUAAAGAGGGGAGAUGGCCUCACCUUUAUAUGCUGUCAUCUGGCCUCUCGGGUUUUUGAAUGUGCUGAACCCUGCAAGGGGCUCUGUCUAAAUACCUGCUCUUCUUAAGACAUCUUCUGGAGGAGCUGGAGGGUUAUGAACCUGGGUCACUGGAAUGAGCUGGCAAGGGCUAAAGGGCUAAAGUGGCUAGGCUGGCCUGGCAUUCUUUAGCCCAACCACAGGUUACAUCACUCAUGUCCUUAGCAGGGCCACAGGGCAAACAAGGGUCAGAUGGAAGUGAGUGCGUUGUCCGCAAGGAGCCCCAAGCAAGAAAGUCUCACUGCUAGGGUCACCCAGCUGGCGCCCAUUUCAAUUGGGUCUUCCAUUUGUGAAAGAAGACCCAAAAUACUAAUCCUAGACACUAAGGCAUGGCCCUUCCCGGGGAAAUCCGCCUUUAAAGAGAUUCCUAAAGAUUAAAAAGUCUUCAGGAAAGGUCUCUGAUGGUGGCUGUCAUGAACUGUGACAGAUGCUAUGGGGAAAAUCUGGAUGGAGAGUGAGGACAGCCACCCAACUCUCUGGUCAUGAAGCCAGCUCAGCCAAGGUACUGGGCAAUGUGAGCUUUUCCAGUGCCUUCCUUUUCCACCUGUCACCCUUUUAAGGAGAUGUAAGCAGGAAGGACUUCCCACCCUGACAGAAGUCCUUGUCAUCCCCAAACAUCUCUGGUCACCAGAAGUUUCCUGACAGGAGAACCUCACUUACUUGAGCUUCAGAAAUUUCGCAAAUGGGGCAGAGGAUGGGCAGACAGCUGCUGUGAGGCCUGGGUGGAUGAGGACAGGCCCCCUCGUGUGGAGCAAAGGGGACUGUACCUACUGGAAUGCAUGGUGGAUUUUGUUUUUGAAACCACUGAGGGAAGGGUUUUAUGGGAUGUGUGUGGGGACUAGCUGGGUGAGAUCCUGAGAAUUCUAGGGUUAACAAAGUGUUCCUCAUCUGGUCUGAACAGCUUCCCCUAGGAACUGGUCACCUGCAGUAUGCUUGACUUUGCUGUUACCAGGCAGAACACUAGGGGGUGAUGCCUACUUGUACCUACAGGGGGCAGUGGUAAGACAGGAGUGCCACUCUCAGUUCCAAAUAUAAUUCCUGGGUUUUCACUCACAGGAGAACCUCAGAGCAGAUGCCAUGGAGGAGUACGAUUACUCAGAUCCCAUGCUCUUCAACACCUCCAGCGACAGUAACAAGGUGCACGAGGGCUUCCUGCAGUUCAGAAAGAUCUUCCUGCCCUGUGUGUAUGCGGCAGUGUUCAUCUCUGGCCUGGUGGGGAACUCCCUGGUGCUGGUCGUGUACAUUUUCUACCAGAAGCUGAAGAGCCUGACAGAUGUAUUCUUGGUGAACCUGCCCCUGGCUGACCUAGUGUUUGUCUGCACUCUGCCCUUCUGGGCCUACGCAGGCUUCCAUGAGUGGGUCUUCGGCCAGGUCAUGUGCAAGAUCCUCCGGGGCAUAUACACGAUUAACUUCUACACGUCCAUGCUCACCCUCACCUGCAUCACCGUGGAUCGCUUCAUCGCUGUGGUUCAGGCCACCAAGGCCUACAACCAGCAGGCCAAGCGGAUGAUCUGUGGCAAGGUCAUCUGCUUGAUUAUCUGGGUAGUCUCCCUGCUGGUGUCCUUGCCACAGAUCAUCUAUAGCAAUGUCCUACAUCUCGACAAGGUCAUCUGCGGCUACCAUGAUGAGGAGAUUUCCACCAUGGUUCUUGCCUCCCAGAUGUCUCUGGGGUUCUUCCUGCCACUGCUUGCCAUGAUCAUUUGCUACUCCGUCAUCAUCAAGACUCUGCUUCAUGCUCGAGGUUUCCGGAAGCACAAAUCUCUAAAGAUCAUCUUCCUCGUGGUGGCCGUGUUCCUGCUCACCCAGACACCCUUCAAUCUUGUCAAGCUCAUUCGCAGUACGAGCUGGGAGUACUAUACCAUGACCAGCUUUGACUAUGCCAUCCUGGUGACAGAGGCCAUUGCAUACCUACGGGCCUGCCUUAACCCUGUGCUCUAUGCCUUCGUUGGCCUCAAGUUUCGGAAGAACUUCCGGAAACUUGUGAAGGAUAUUGGCUGUCUCCCUUGCCUGAGAGUCUCAAGUCAGUGGAAGUCUUCUGAGGACAGUUCCAAGAGUUGUUCUACCUCUCACAAUGUAGAGGCCAUCAGCAUGUUCUAGUUGUUGGCUUUGCUAGACCUGGAGAAACUGCUCUGGAAUUGGCAGGAGCGUGGCUAUGUCCUCUGGAACUGAUGAGGGAGGCUUUGUUUAUAGCAUCUGCAUUCUCACGGAGAAGACAUCAGACAUGGUGGCUGGCAUGCAAUGCUUUGUAGACAUGGACAUACCCUGCUCUCUUCUUAAGACCCAGGCCUGAUGCUCAAAGUGUGUAUGUGUGUGUGUGUGGGGGGGGCUACAAUUUUUAAGGACUUCUUCAUCCCCAAGAACACUGAAGCCAAGGGGAUGAGGAUCUUAGGAUCUCAGGUUUGUCAUUACUGUGACUGGGGCUGAAGGCUGAAGAGGGAGCACAGACAACAAAGCUGUUGGUGGCAGGUGAUGUGCUGUCUCCCAAGUAUAGAAGACUCUUCUGACCACUGGGCAAGGAGUGGAGAUGGGAGUGGCCUUGAAGACAAGUGUGGUCUAUGUGGCUCAGACCUCAAUCACCAGGCACCGAACAGGAAUGAGGACAAUGUCUGCCACACCUUGGGUUUUGACUUUUGCAUAGGUGAUGCUAAGGUUCUCUCUGACUAAUCCUGGGAGGACCAGCUCUGGAGACUGUAUGUGGACCCAAACAAAUUAGAGUUGGCUGAAAAUUCCACUGGUCCAUGAACAUGCUAGAAGAAGGUGCAAAACAGCUUAAGACUAGAACAAAUUUAAGCAUCAUUUUUGGAGUGGAUCCUUCAGUGGCUCCACUCAUUUAAAAAAGGGAAUUUAUCAAAGACCUGCCGCAUGCACAUAUACAAAUGUGCACGCACACACCCACACACAUCAGACGGCGUAUCAGUUUCAUGACCAAGAAAUAAAAAUCUUAGUCUUCAAACUACUUUUACCUUUAGGAGCAUUCAACUUUAAUGCUGGUGUUUGAGCACACAAAAAACAGUUACUGGGAGGGAGGAAUGGAAGUUCACUGAAUUGGAUGGGGUCGGGGGGUGGGGGAGUGGGAAAUGGAGAGGG